AUGAAGGCGAUUAUCCUGUUAGCCCUUGUUGGGGUUAUGGUAAUGGCUGUUCCAUUCAAAACUGAAACUUCCACUCAAUACACAAUUCCAUACAAUGAUGCAACUGCUCGCAAAAAGUUGAUCUAUGCUUCUGGAGCAGCUUAUGGAAGUAAUCCACAAGCUUGUUUGGAUAAAGUUUUCAACGGAGCUCAAGUAUGAUUUUUAAAAAAAAUUUUUCAAAAGAAGAUUGGAUGGAAAAUCAAAUAAAUCUCAAAAGUUAGACCAUUUUUAGUGUGACCUUCAAGAGAUUUUUUAGAAGACGAAAAUCUAAAACUUCAGUAAAAAAAAUAAUUAUUGCAAAGUUUACUAUCCUAAACUUUUCAUAAAAAUUAUUUUCCUAGUCUCCCUUAAAUAAAUAAAUUUAGCUCCGUCGCCGUGUUGAAACCCGUUGUGAUGCUUCUCCAACUGAUAAAUGCGUUGGUUACACCGCUGUUAGUACAGAUGACAAAGCUAUCAUUAUUGUAUUCAGAGGAACCACUAACAAUGUUCAAUUGAUUAUGGAAGGUCUUGAAACUAUUUUCACAUAUCAUGUUAGUUUUUUUUUCAAAUAAUCUGUUAUAUUUAUGAUUUCCUUUAUUUUUAGACUCCAUGGUCUGCUGGUGGUGUUGUUUCAACAUAUUUCAACGAUGGUUUCUUGAACUUGUGGAAUGGUGGAAUAAAGGAUGAUUUCAACACUCUUGUUGCUAAAUAUCCAGGAUAUCAAGUUUGGAUCACUGGACAUUCUUUGGGUGGAGCAAUGGCUUCCCUUGCUGCUUCAUACAUUACAUACAACAAACUUUAUGAUAACACCAAAGUUCAACUUGUCACAUUUGGUGAACCACGUGUUGGAGAUCAAGCUUAUGCCACAUCAUUCGAUAAAUAUGUUCCAAAUGGUUUCCGAGUAACUCAUGCUCACGAUCCAGUUCCACAUUUGCCAACUCAAAAUUUGCAAAACUACACACAUCAUAAGGCUGAAGUAUACUACAAAGAAAAAAUGACAAAAUAUUUGAUUUGUGAUGAUGUUGAUGAGAGUUCAUUCUGUUCAAAUGGUAAUGUUCUUCCAGAUGGAUCAAUCAGUGAUCAUUUGAACUAUUUUGAUGUUAAUGUUAGUGAUUUGGGUUAUUCAAACUGUGCUCAUGCUUGA